UCGAAAACUUGCACAAACUGAAUCGCCCUAUCUUUAUUAAUACAUUGAACCUGUCUCCGCACGCAAUCGUGCGUCCUGGAUUUUCGACUCCUCGAUUCCAUUUUCGCAGGUUCCCAAAAAAAAUCCGAAAUGAUUGCAGACUUUCCCGGUCACAUUUCCCCCCAAUUUGAACCCACGCCUUUUGAAUUCCAGUGUCUUUUGAAAUUCAGACGUUUGAUCUUUCGUCUGAAAAGCCUAUAAAUACCCACACUUCACCUAAUCAUAUCUUACACUUUCAGAAAUUCCCAAACUUGCACAUUUUAAUCAUUCUUGCUUAUUCAAACCAAACCCUCUAGCUUUCCUUUCUGCAAUUUUCCAGUUCUUCCAAAUUACACUAAUGGCUUCCUUCAUCGCAAAACUUUCCGAGGAGAUCAACAAGUGUAAGGAUUUCAUCGAUCGGAGCGCUAUCAAGACGCUGCGAUUUGAAGAGGACAUGGCCACCACCCACCAGAUUCUGGGUCCCCUCUUCAGAGACGCAGUGCCGUCGCCUAUCACUGACCUGCUCAAGGAGCAAUGCCUAACACCCCUGCUGCAGGGGUUCGAUUGGUCGAAGUGGACCCUGGCGCGGCCUCAAGGAGCUUGGCCCUCGACCACUACUGCUUGGGCCGCCUGGGUGGACCGAAUGAGGUCAUUCUUUGGCGAGGAGUGGAAAACCCUUGGUAUCUAUGAUGCCAUCCUGCUCUCGACCAUGGAGAUUACCAUGGACAAGGAGCUGCUUAUGGCGGCCUUGACUCUUUGGUGUUCGGCCACCAACACUAUGGUCCUUCCAUUCGGCCCCCUCGGCCCAACGAUCCUCGAUAUUUCGGCAAUCCUUGGGACUUCUCCAUCCGGCCUCCCAAUCGAUGCCGCUCUUUCAGGAUGCCCCUCCCUCCUCGACCUGAAGGCGCUUUUCGACGAGCGGGCCGUCGAAACGCUCAGUCGGGGUGGCCGGGAGCCUUCGAAGGAAGAAGUUCACAAGCUCCACAAAAACUUCUUUAAUUAUAAUACUCUCAUCCUCCAUUUCGCCGGCCGGGGCGAGGAGAGUCUCAGGAAGGGGGAACACGAAGCCUUCCUCUUCUACUGGUACAACAAGUUUAUUUGUUGUACCAGAUCGAACAAAUGUUUGGUCGAGAAUAUGCCGGUGGCCCAGGCUCUGGCUAGUGGUCACCUUCUGGCGCUCAGCCCGGCUAUUCUUGCCAACCUUUUUCGUUGCUUGGCCGAGACGACCAUCAACAAGAUUGAUCCGCACCAGAAUGGGCCCCUCUGGGUCUUUCAACUCUGGCUGCAGGUCUACUUCUCCACUCUUCGGCCUGAAGUCCCUACCUUCCAGCGCUCGGCCGCCCUUGGCCCCCAACUGGCAUCUCGACCGGCCCCUCCUCACCGGGCCGACGAGGUUCUUAGGCAUUUUUUUGGCCUCGACGUCCUUUCGGAUGACGAGUUCUUGGUGUGCCGGCACCAGGAAUACCCUGCCUCGAUCAGGCUCCCGACGGCAGCCUGGGCCGAGAUCGAGGACGCGGGCCUCCGACAGUCUUGGGGGUCAAUCGUACUGGCUCGCGACCUUCCCCUGGGUUGCGACGCCCGCCGAGCCAGCUGGGAGGUCUACCAUCCUCACUUUGUCGCCCGGCAACUCGGCUACCUCCAAGGUUGCCCCGUUCCUCUGCUCGCUUCCCGUUCCCUCUUGAGCCGGGGGCGCCUUUCUGGUUCUUCCGAGAGGGAAUGCCGGUCGACGGAGCAAGAAUUCCAGGAUCGGUGUAAGAAGUUCCGUCUUCGCCCAACCGUUCCGGAAUCCUUGGGCACCGAUACCUUUGGGGAUUGGUGGGAUGCGUACAUCUGCGACUUCUUCGGCGCCUCAAUCGAAGACGUGGUGAGCAAAGUCUUUGGCGACCGGCCGGGACUAGCACCCUCGACCCAACCUAAGGAGUCGGCUCAAGGGGGUCGUGGGUCGAAGAAGGCCGAAGUGGUUGCCGCGGCGGCGAGAGUGAAGAAGGUGGUGCCCAAGAAAACCAUCGCCACUGAGCGGACAGCCCCCUCCAAACGCCUCCACCGAGAGGCCGAGCCGGAGGUUGAUGUCCUUCGCCCUUCUAAACGCGUCAAAAAAUUGGCGAAGAAGGGCGACCGGGAGAUCCAUGUCGUCCCCAGUGAUGCUACUGGGACGCCUGCCUCUGACGGCUCUCCUGUGCCGGCUACCCCGGCAUCUCUACUCCCGAUCCCUCCAGCCGGCUACCCUGGCGCCACGGCCGAUCCAAUCGUCGCACCAUCUCCAGCUUCGGAGCCGGUCGUGGCGCCUGCAAUGGCCAAACCGGCUGCGCCCGUCGAUGCACCCUCGACUCCCACGGUCGUUUUGGAGGAUGACGAGAGCGUGAGUAACGAAGUUCCGCUGGAACGCCACCGUCGACCAGUUCACUCUCCUCCCGUCCAUCCUCCUCCGGUCGUCGAGGCGACCGCUAGACCACGUCCUUCCGCGGCAGAUCGUGGUAAGAGGCCCAUGGCCGAUCCUGAGGCCACGGCCGAAACGCCGAUCCAUCCGCAGGACGAAGACCUUCCCAUUCCUCCACAGGAAGUCUCUUCGGCCUUUGUAAGUCUCGCUUCUUUUGUAUUGAUUUUUUCGUGA